CUUUUCUUGGUUCGAAUUGAACGCCAUUUUACUCUCGUGAGUGCAAAAGCCACGUUUUUCUAGACUGUUUAGCUCGCUCGCGGUUGAUUAGCUGCGGCGUUUUGCAGCUUUUCCCGGCCGCCGGCCGCCGGGAUGAAGGAGCUGUCAUCCGGGCUGAUAAUCGGGACUUCUAUAGGGCUAGUGAUCGGAGCAUUUUUGGCUGUGCUUGGAGUUUUCUGCUUUAGGGUACAUAAGAAGCGGUCUCAGAUAGGGAAUAGCAGUUCUAGGAGGGCGGCGGCGAUCCCAAUUCGAGCAAACGGCGCCGACGCUUCCACGGUGUUGUCGGAUUCCUCCGUCGCCACCGAGUCUCCGAGGACAACUGUGGAUUCUGGGAUUUCUCUAUGGGUUAGGAGGCCAAGUGUGCUUUCUGCAUCUGGGAUUCUCGAGUAUUCUUACAAGGAUCUGCAGAGAGCAACUUAUAAUUUUUCGACAUUGAUUGGCCAAGGGGCGUAUGGGCCUGUGUAUAAAGCUCAGCUGUCAACUGGUGAGUCUGUUGCUGUCAAAGUUCUUGCCAUGGAUUCUAAACAAGGGGAAAAAGAGUUCCAAACCGAGGUUGUGUUACUUGGGAGGUUACAUCACAGGAACCUAGUGAACUUGUUAGGAUACUGUGCAGAGAAGGGUCAAAAUAUGCUUAUCUAUGUCUACAUGAGUAAGGGCAGUUUGGCUUCUCAUCUAUACGAUGAUAAGCUUGAGCCAUUGAGCUGGGAUUUGAGGGCUCAAAUUGCUCUUGAUGUAGCCCGGGGAUUGGAAUAUCUCCACGAUGGGGCAGUCCCUCCUGUGAUACACCGGGAUAUUAAGUCAUCCAACAUUUUGUUAGACCAGUCGAUGAGGGCCAGGGUUGCUGAUUUCGGCCUUUCAAGAGAGGAGAUGGUUACUAAACACGCUUCCAACAUCCGGGGAACGUUUGGCUAUCUUGAUCCCGAGUACAUAUCAAGUAGGACCUUCACCAAGAAGAGCGACGUUUACAGUUUUGGGGUAUUGCUCUUUGAGCUUGUGGCUGGUAGACAUCCACUUCAGGGUCUUAUGGAGUAUGUUGAACUGGCUGCCAUGACAGCGGAUGUGAAAGGCGGGUGGGAGGAGAUUGUGGAUCCACGCUUCAAUGGGAAGUACGAUGUGCAGGAACUGAAUGGCGUGUCGGCUCUUGCAUACAGAUGUGUGAACCGCGCUCCCAAGCAACGGCCCGCCAUGAGGGACAUUGUGCAGGUUCUAUCUAGGAUGCUCAAAUCUAGACACAGCAGAAAACAUCCUAAGCAUUUGCCUGCUACACCAGAAGAGGUUUGCAUCAGUAUGGAGGAUGUAGAUCAUAAGAGUCCAACGUUUGGACUGCAACAGGUGGAAUCCAUGGAUAUCACAGCUGAAUCAUGUGAAGUUUGAUAGCAUUUUUGUUCAUGUUUUCCUCUUUUUUUUCCUAAUUUUCAUGGAAUGUAUCAUAGGAUCGUAGUUCAAAAUUUUGGUACUCGUGGAUUAUGUUAGUCAUUUUUGA